CUCCUCCCCACCCGGAGGGCGACCCGCCCAGCGGCAGCUGCAACGUAGACGCCUCCAGUACGCAGUACUCAUGGCUAUCUACGAGGAGGUGAGCGUGUCGGGCUUCGAGGAGUUCAAUCAGGCUGUGAAGCAGCACCUGGGCAAGACCAUUUUCGCCUACUUUACAGGUUCUAAGGACGCCGAGGGGAAAAGCUGGUGUCCCGACUGCGUGCAGGCGGAACCAGUCGUUCGAGAGGGGCUGAAGCAUAUUAGUAAAGAAUGUGUGUUCAUCCACUGCCAAGUAGGAGAAAAACCUUAUUGGAAAGAUCCAAAUAAUGACUUCAGAAAACAACUGAAAGUAACUGCAGUGCCUACACUAAUUAAAUAUGGAACGCCUCAAAAACUGGUAGAAUCAGAGUGCCUUCAGGCCAACCUUGUGGAGAUGCUGUUCUCUGAAGAUUAAAAUUUAAUGAUGGCAACUGUAUCUUGAUUUCCUGGUUUGCUCUAGUUAUAAAUAAUGACUUUAUUUUAGCAGUAAAUAAAUGAUAUGAAAAUUUGCAUUCAUUUUAGCAGUAAAUAAAUGAUACGAAAAUUAGCUUAUGUCUAAACAAUAAAGAAUGCUUUUUAAAAAUA